CACCAUUUUAGCGUUGACGGCACGCUGUGGCGCGCCUGAGCGCUCAUCGCGAUUUGGGGCCGCGAUUUGGGGCCGAUCUGGCCUGGCCAAGCUCUGAUUUUUGAACGACACUCGAAGUGGGCAAAGUCGACCACAAUCCUGGAAUGAGGCACCACGCCCUCAUUCUGCGCGGCGCGCUCCGCGCCAAUGCCCGCCCGCUGCCCAAGAGGCAUGCGCUGGCUGCGCAGCUGUCCCCAAUCCUGAUACUAUCCGGCUCUUCGCAGCUGUCCCGGACACGCCUGCGCUGCUGCCCCCAACAACGAAGCUACUCUUCCUCCUCGCCCGAACCUCAACCUCGAUCUCAGCCUCAACCUCAACCUCCGAUCCAACCCAAAACCGAAACCCAACCACAACAACCUGAACAAGAACAAACCCCCUCCCCCUACCCCUCCGCCGCGAACCCCCCACCGACCACCCGCCCGCCCCCUCUCAACCUCCCGGCCCGGCCGCGCGAAGCAACGUCCUUCUUCAGCGCCGCCAACAUCAAAUACCUCAUCGCGCGCGGCAUCGCCUACAUGGUCUUCUACAAGACCGGCCUGUCGCACAUCCUGACCAACACGCGCCUGCUCUUCUUCUCCUCGUCGCCGUCGUCCUCCUCCAUCGCGGCUAUGCGCCCGGAGCCGCACACGCGCGCCUUCUCCCUCCUGUACCGGCGCUGGCAGCACGACGCCCGCCGCCUGCCGCUCUUCGCCCUCAUGCUGCUCGUCUGCGGCGAGCUCACGCCCUUCGCCGUGCUGUUCCUGCCGCGCGUCGUGCCGUUCACCUGCCGCAUCCCCUCGCAGGUCGAGAAGGUCCUGCGCGAGGCGGAGGCGCGGCGCAGGGCCGCGAGGCGGUUGGUUGCCGCCGGCGGGGCGGCUGCGGGUGAGGAUUUUGCUAGGAGUUGGAGUGGGGGUGAGGGUCGCGCCGGGGAGAAGAAGGAUGGGAAAGGGGGCGCCGCCCGCAUCAAGGUUGUGGGAGCGGCGAGGGCGACGCCGGAGGCGCUGGCCAUGAUUCUGGAUCUGCCCGUCAGAUCGUGGACGCGCAAGAAGAGGUUGUGGUCCAGAAUCCAUGAGCGGUUGCACUUCUUGAAUGUUGAUGAUGGGUUGCUGGCGGAGGCCGGCGGGGCGGAGGCGCUGGUGGCCGAGGAGCUGCGGCUGGCGUGCGCCGAUCGCGGAAUUGAUGUGCUGGGACGCAGCGAGGAGGAGCUGCGCACCGCGCUGGGGAGGUGGUUGCACCUGACAGAUGAAAGAAGGCUCGGGGUGGAGGAAAGGCAGAAAGCCGUGCUGUGGUUGUUGUUGUCGGAAGAGAGCCAGUGGGAUCGUUUUGAAGGGUAGGGGAAUGCGUGAUGGCUGUGUAUUAUGUUCUGUACUACCAUGUAUGCCCUGGCUGGUCUGUCGAUACACCCACCCAAGGGGAAGCACUCCUCUGUACUCACGACUCAAUAGAGUCCAUCCGCGA